CCGGCCGCAGUCGCGCCGCUUAGUCCGGAGCGAGCGGCGCGCGAUGCCGCACAGCUAUGAGUCCUCCGAGCUUCGCCAUCCGAGACCUUCUGCCGGAGGCGUCGUCGCGGUCCCCCUCGCCCUCCGACACGGAGCUGGAUGUCACCGGUACGGAGACGCCGCCGCCAGGCUGCUCCACCACCGAUGAAAAGAAAAAUGAAAAACCGGCCUACAGCUACAAUGCGCUCAUCAUGAUGGCCAUACGCAGCAGUCCCGAGAGACGGCUCACGCUCAACGGCAUCUAUGAGUACAUCAUGAAGAACUUCCCCUACUACAAGGAGAACAAGCAGGGCUGGCAGAACUCUAUUCGACACAAUCUGAGUUUGAAUAAGUGUUUCGUGAAAGUCCCGCGUCACUACGACGAUCCCGGGAAAGGGAACUACUGGAUGCUGGACCCUUCGUCUGACGACGUCUUCAUCGGUGGCACCACUGGCAAGCUGAGGAGGAGAUCCACGGCGGCAUCUAGGUCUCGGCUCGCAGCCUUCAAGAGAGGUGCCGUCCUUCACCCCAUGUUCGGGAAUCCGUAUGCGUCUCUGGUGGGUCUGUACCCACCCUUACUAUCGGUGUACGGGAGGUACGCCCUGCCGAGCCCGCUGCUGAGGUUGCCGCCGCCUCCUCCCAGCCCCUAUCACCAGCUGUAUCGCAGGAUCCACGGCCUGUCACCUCCCGGCAGCCCACCAGCGGAGCCGGAGUCACAUCUGAUGAAGCACAGUUGAUGGAGUCGCCGCAGUCCGCCGCUAUCCUGACGAUACCGGGCCAGGAGCCACGAGGGAAACGAAGAACGAAGAACGAAGACGAAGAGCAAGGGAGUUCCAGCGAGUCGAUCGGUUGUUCAGUGUGAGACUGUGAUAGGACCAGAGCCGGUCGUGUAUUAUAGUCUAUUGUCUGUAAAAAGUGCUACCGCUAUUUAUUUAUUGAAGUAAGAUUAUAUUUAAUGAUAUUAAUUUAUGUUAAGAGGCUACGUUAAGUUACGACGGACGCAAUAAAUAUGUUUCCGAUAAAUCA